AUGACUGCACCUAACCUCUCCUACAGCCUGGAGUACUGGCAACAGGUGCAUCCCAAGGAUCAGCACAUGUCAAAUCGUGUCAAUGACGCCCAGGUGUAUGAGAAGGCUGAGCAAGACUUAAUGGCUCGCAUUGGCUUUCCCACUGUUCUUCAUGGCGAGCCAGUUCCGUUGGCUUUGGAGAAUUACGACUGGAGUGGUGAAUUGGCUCUGAAGUCAUCCAGUGACUUCGUCCAAGACUGGCAGCUCUGUGAUGGGUCAUAUGCAGCAAAUGUUGACGAAGAAAGGAACUUGAACAUGGCAGGUUCCUGGAUUCCAGACUAUCAAACUCCCAUCAGCCCCUUUCCAUAUACAGAUGAAGCAGAAAGGCAGCACAUGUUGUCGCGCGUGGCAGCUGAAAGGGCGCUCUUCAUGACUCCCUCGGUUCAUGCUGUAUCGGUGUCCACAUUUCCCGGUUCCCCUGUAUCUGAUCACUCAAGUACAUUCGAGAGCGCCCAAGGCCCCUUCAGCCGAUGUGAAGACAGAGGCGCAUCGCCAUUGUCCGAUGUCAGGUCCGAGAAGAGCGCCGCCAUGCAUGACCCAAUGGCAACAGGUUGGGUGGCCAACUGCCCCGCUUGGAAGACAGAUAAUGAAGAUUUCCCCACGAUGCUGGAGAUGCCUGAUGGUUCAUCUCGAAAAACCUCCAAUUGGCUUCCAGUCGACCCAGAGGCCGGCUUUACAAUUGGAUCGGGUUCGUACCCUGAUGGUCCGGGCUUUCAUCUGGAGGGUCUUCAUGAUAUCCGCGAAGCCUUUAUCCCAUCAGCCUCCUCUCAGUGGACAUACACCGGGUGA